AUGUAUGAUCUAUCAUUUUAUAAUAAAUCUAUCAAACGACAUUUUAAAAAGAAGAUUUUAAUGAAUCUUGAAGCAAGAAGUGAUGAAAAUGACAAUGGGUUUAAAGAAACACCAGUAAGAGCUUCUGCAAAUGUCCCCUCUACGAAUAAGUGUUUGCAAAUGAUACACUUUAACGCGUUUAAGAAUGAGAACAUAAAGAAAAAACGAAAACAAAGCUACUUAGUAAAGGCUCAAAAAUCAAAAGCUAAGAGAUGGGUAACAUCAUCAAGUUCAUCAUAUACUAAUGGGCAUAGUACGGCUAGCUCUAAGGCCUGCCCAAACCACGUGCUUUCAAAACAGAAGGUAGUAGAAGCCAAUUUAGGCAGUAACUAUCAGGCCUUUAAUCGAAAGAGUGCACUCGAUACAAUGAUAAACAACGCGUGCAGAAAUACUUUAAGAAACAGAAUAAUCGAUAGCUCAAUAUAUAUCCAGCAAAUAGGCAUUAAGGCAAUGCUAUUUACAAAUUACUUUAUAUUAGAAAAUCUAGAACCAAUACCAGACUGUAUCUUCAAGCAAAAUUAUUGUCGAAGAACUUUAAAGUACUGUUAUCAGUUUGUUUGUGGCGUCAGUCCUAAAUGGGAAAAUUGCCACUCACUAUCAGAAGAUCUUAAGGAACAAAUCAAAGAUAUAUGCCUACCACUAAAAGGACUUUUGCCAAUGGAGGCUACUUUGGUAACUCUUUCAGAACAAACGCGGCUUCCUUUGCCGCGACUUUAUGAUUUAUAUCCUAAUCCAUCGAUGCACGUUCGGUCUAUAGCCAUAAGUAUCAACGGUAUACGUAUACUUCUUUCAUUGUCGCUUCCAAGGGCUUAUAAUGACCAACUUAAACUCAUUUCACCGUUUCACAGCCUCCAAUUAAAGCUGUCAUAUUUCAACUACCAAGAAGUCGAACAAGAAUAUAUGCCCGUUUUUAUUGAUCCAGACAGAGCUGAAAAAGAACGAGAGCUUAACAAAAUCAAAAGUUCCAUUCCCACCCCAGAAAUUACAUCUGAAUUCUUAUAA